GCGCAUGCUCAGUGUAGUAGCCGGUUAUGGCGGCGACGUGUGUUUGUCCAUGAGGUGGGGAACCCGAGCUAUUCUCUCGGUUUGCGAGUCAGCAAUCUGAAUCAAACGCAGCCAUGGCUGGGGUGUUCGACAUCGAUUUGGAUCAGCCGGAGGAAAAUGUCUCCGACGAUGAGAUUGAGGAGACCCAGAUCAACGACUUCAUGGACCAGUGCAGCGGCUUUGAGUUCAACAUGGAUGACUGCGAGAAGAUCGAGAUAUCAGAAGACAACGUCAACCGAGGGACGGAGAAUAUCAGACCGGAAUGUUUUGAGCUCCUUCGGGUGUUGGGGAAGGGCGGCUACGGAAAGGUGUUUCAGGUUCGCAAGGUUGUCGGUGCUGCUUCAGGCAAGAUAUUUGCCAUGAAGGUUUUAAAGAAGGCUAUGAUUGUACGAAACGCAAAGGACACUGCGCACACAAAGGCAGAGCGCAAUAUCUUGGAAGAGGUGAAGCAUCCCUUCAUCGUGGACCUCAUCUAUGCCUUCCAGACAGGAGGCAAACUCUACCUGAUUCUGGAGUACCUCAGUGGAGGAGAGCUUUUUAUGCAACUGGAGAGAGAAGGCAUCUUCAUGGAAGACACUGCCUGUUUCUACCUGGCAGAGAUCUCCAUGGCUCUUGGCCACUUGCACCAGAAGGGCAUCAUCUACCGAGACCUGAAACCUGAGAACAUUAUGCUCAACAGCCACGGCCACGUGAAGUUGACCGAUUUUGGGCUGUGUAAAGAGUCCAUUCACGACGGAACAGUCACCCAUACAUUCUGUGGUACAAUCGAGUACAUGGCCCCGGAGAUCCUGAUGAGGAGCGGGCACAACAGAGCGGUGGACUGGUGGAGCCUCGGAGCCCUCAUGUACGACAUGCUCACGGGAGCGCCACCGUUCACAGGUGAAAACAGAAAAAAGACGAUUGAUAAAAUCUUGAAGUGCAAGCUGAACCUGCCACCCUACCUCACACAGGAAGCGAGAGAUCUCCUCAAACGGUUGCUGAAGAGAAACGCCUCUUCACGAUUGGGAGCCAUGGUGGGUGACGCUGCCGAGGUCCAGGCCCAUCCCUUCUUCCGGCACAUCAACUGGGACGACUUGCUGGCCAGGAAAGUGGAGCCUCCCUUUAAGCCUUUCUUGCAAUCCGCCGAAGACGUGAGUCAGUUCGACUCCAAGUUUACCAGUCAGACCCCAGUGGACAGUCCAGACGACUCCACCCUCAGUGAGAGUGCCAAUCAAGCCUUUCUGGGUUUCACGUACGUAGCCCCAUCUGUCCUUGAACACAUGAAAGAGAAGUUCUCCUUCGAGCCAAAAAUCCGCUCUCCCCGGCGGUUUGUGGGCAGCCCAAGAACCCCCCUCAGUCCGGUGAAGUUCUCCGGAGGCGAGUGCUGGUCCCGGAGCGGCCUGAUCCCCAGCGCCAUGAUGCGUCCCGCGCCCCAGGAGCAGGCCAUGGAGCUGUCCACCCCCGAGCAGAUGGACGUGACGACGGGGAGCGAGGCAUCCGCGCCGCUGCCCAUCCGCCAGCCCUCGGGGGGCAGCAUGGCCCAGGCCAAGCAGCCGGCCUACCCGCAGGCCGCCAAGAGGCCUGAGCAUCUACGUAUGAACCUAUGACCCGGCGGCGCUCCCCCACGGGAGAGGUCCACCUCCCCAAGGGCGCUAUUAGUCCUUUUCUGAUUUUUCUUUUCUUUUUUUUUCCUUCGUUUUAUUUUAUUUUAUUUUUAAAGAUAAAUACAAAAGAAAAGGCAAAAAAAAAAAAGAGACAGACGCUAGAGACAAUGAAACUGUUGGAGAGCCUCACAUCAGAACUCACUACCGUCGCGUCCUGGACGUUGUGCGGUGGUACUGGAGGGUGUGUGUUGGGGGGGGGGGGGGGGGGGGGGGGUACGGUACUCCAGUGCGCUAGAGCCAUGCACAACUCACUACGACACCACCACAUCACAACCUUCACCUCAGGUCACCUUUGACCUUUUUGUCUUCUGACCCUUAACCUUAGCAGAACUGGCCUAGUAAGCCUGAACAUGUUUUGGGAUCCACAGCCUUCGUAUGACAUGGUCAUACCACCACGAUGACGUCUUCACCCAUCCGUUGCACUAAAACGCAGUCGCGGGCUACGUUUCGGAUUACAUACGAAGUGCUUUGUGCGGUUUGAAUUUGAAAGCGAAUGUGGAAUUUGCUUUCUGAAGAAAUAAAUAACGGCUGGGUGAUUUUGACUGCCGUUCUUAAAAAUGCUUCCUGAGUCUGAAAAAAAUCAAUGAUGAUGCUAAUCCAAAAAAACGAUUACGAUUUGAAGCAGAUUUGGUCAGCAGAGGACCUGAUGAUGAACAAGCUUUAUGUCUUAGUAAGUUUUACAAAAUAGCUGCAUCAACUAUGCUAUAAAAUGGAUAAAUGAGCCUAAAUAAAAUAAAAACCUUCUCGUAAUGUU